GGUUUCUCAAGUGGUCGCAUUUAUUCUGUUUGGUUUCUUUUUUUGGGAGGUUCCUAUUUUCUUACUUGAGUUUUCCCAAAAAAGAAAGAAAGAGAUCAGGUUCUUCGUCAAUUCAAAUUCUCUUUCCUUCUAAAAAUUGUAUCUUUUAUCUAUCUUUCUAAUCCUUUCUCAUUUCUUAUUUAUACCCCCAUUUCUAGGGUUCUUUCUAGACUCUCCCUUCAAAAAAAAAAGAGAAAAAAGAAAAAAAUUAAAUCCCUCUUCCUUUUAGGUCUUCUCUGAUUUUUUCCCCAUUUAUCAACCUUACUCCUCAAGAUUUACUCAUAGGUAAAUAGCUUUAAGAGCGAAAAUGGUGAGAGGAAAAACACAAAUGAAGCGCAUAGAGAAUGCUACAAGCAGGCAAGUUACCUUUUCAAAGCGCAGAAAUGGCUUACUCAAGAAAGCUUUUGAGCUUUCAGUUCUUUGUGAUGCUGAAGUUGCACUUAUCAUUUUCUCUCCAAGAGGCAAACUUUAUGAAUUUUCCAAUUGCAGUAUGAACAAGACAAUUGAUCGCUAUCAGAACAGAACCAAAGAUUUGAUGGCAAGUAACAACGCAGUUGAAGAUAUGCAGUUGGAGAAGGAAUAUGACUCCUUUAGCAUGACUAAGAAGUUAGAGCACCUUGAAGUUUGUAAAAGAAAACUGUUGGGAGAUGGCUUGGAUUUGUGUUCCAUUGAUGAGUUGCAGCAGCUUGAAAGGCAACUUGAAAGAAGCUUAAGCAAAAUUAGGUCUAGAAAGUAUCAAAUGCUGAAGGAAGAAAUUAUGAAGCUGAAAGAAGAGGAGAAAAUGUUGCUGGAAGAAAAUGCAGCACUGCAGAUUAAGGUUAGAACUGAAUCAUCAAAAAAACAAGAAAGCAAUCAGAGAUCAGAAUCAUCAAACCAUCAGGAGAUAAUGGAUGUGGAAACUGAGUUGUUCAUAGGACCACCAGAAAGAAGAAGCAAAAAUAAUAAUAACAAUGGCUUCCUGUAGAGUUUCAUCCAACCUCACUUAACAACAAAAUGGCUUGUUUCCAAAAUCCCUUGAAAAUUUCCCAAGAAAAUAAUAUUACAAAAAAAAAAAAAGGUGAGUUUUUAUUUACAUGCAGCAUUUAUUUUUAACACUAAAAGUGAAAAAACCCAACAUGACCAACCAAAAAAAAAAAAAAAAAAAAAAAUAGAAACUGAAAAUGGUUUCUGAUAAAAUGUUUCAUUAUAUACUUUAUGAGAAAAAAAAAGUAUAUAGAUGAAACUUAAUUACCUGUAUAUUUAGGAACUGUGUACCUUGUUGGAUACUGUCUCUUUUUUUUUUUUUUUUUUUUUUUUCUUUUUAUUAUUCUCAGCUUUUGCUUGUGAUUUUCAUUUUACAACAUGUUUCUGUUUCUCCUUUUGUGGUUACUUUACUUUUUUAAAAACAUGUGGAAAUUUGGUGUCUAGAUUGUGAAGUUUGAAUGGGAAUUUGUCUAUAUUUGAAGGCUA